CCGCCAUAUUUAGAAGGCUGACCUUGCUGUAUGUUGCAGAAAGUUUUUUGCGAAGUAUUAUUCCUUCUUAGCUACGCACCUUCAUGGAUUAUUUAUGAAUUGAUGUGUGCCUUACAUUAGACAUUGUCCGUAGCUAUCGAUCGAUAUCUCAAUUUUUCGAGACUUCUUUCCCUGUAUUUGCUACAAUUUAGACUACAAAUCAUCACUUCUGAUACAAGUUGGAGUUUUACAGAGUGCUGGGGCCUUUUUGGCAGGGACAAUGGACAAGGAAAAGAAGUUAAAGGAUGUAAAGUCCAUGUUGCGGGCAGUGCUCAUGUCCAGCAAGGAGGGAGUCGUAGCAGAUCGCCUCUCACGAGAAUACAGAGGUAUCUGCAUGGAGCCAUUGCCAUUCAGAGAGCUUGGCUUCAAAUCCUUAGAUGAGUUCAUCUUAGCAGUACCUGACGUAGCUAGACUUGGCAGGUCCAAAGAUGGUCAAGUAGCUUACUUUUCUGUGGCUGAUGCCUCUACCGCCCACAUUCAAAAGAUGGUACAAGCCCAAAAAUCUACCAAGAAAAGAGGAAAACCAUUGAGGUCAUCCAGAAGGCCGACAUUCCAUGGGCCGUCUCACUUCAAUCGCUUUGGUCCCCGCCUUAGUCAUACCCCUAGGGGACCUCCACCACAGAGACGAACAUUUGAGCCAAAGCCAAAGUCAUUCCCUCCUGUUUCUAAACCAUUUGCAAAUCAAGGUUCCAAUUAUGGUGGAUUAAAAAUCACCGUAACUAACAAGCAUGGCUCAAAUAAAGGCAACACAUUUGGCAGUCAACAGACUAAUAUAUUUGGGUCAACAUAUAAAGUGCCACCACGUUUCAAGAACAGACUUGGGGCUCCCCCUGCUGGCAGUGAAAGUUAUCCAGAGGAGCCAUUCGCAAGGAGUUUCUCACCCCCUCCUUCUACCAAGUCAUCCACACCAGCCUUCACUGGUAGACCUGCAGACCUUAAUCCAAUCCAAGUGAGACAAGGUGUGAUCAAAAAAGACUAUAAGAGCUUACUAGCAGUGUAUGCAAGUAAACAAAAAAUGGCUCCUUUGGUGUAUGAGACGGGCCUGGCUGGCAAGGAUGUGCAACAUGGUUUUAUAAGUUCAGUCAAGAUAAACAAACGGAUAUUUGGAUCCUUAGAUAAGUUCGCUUCGAAGAAAGAAGCUGAGCAGGCUGCAGCUCGAAAUGCAGUUGAGCAGCUAAAUGUUGAAAGUGCAGAUAUAAAAAAAAUUCCAAAAUCGAAGAAAAAGAAGACACCUGCAACUGGGCCAAACUUUAGUGAGAUGUCACUGGGGCUUGGAUCAGAUGAGGAUUCAGAGGCUGAAGAGUAUGUAGCUGUGAAGCUUAAUUUUGAUAAAGCUGUCAUUAAAGAGCGUAUAAGACAGAUUGUUUCUAAAAAGCCAAAUGGUCUUUUCCUAACUAGACUACCAUUUGAGUACAAGUCAAUCCACGAUGAAGUGUUUCCACCUGAUGCUAUAAAGUUAUUGGACCAAUGGGCAGAUAUAGUCAGAGUAGAGAGUGGAGUUGGAGAUAUGAAAAUUUUGUUUCCUGUUGCUGGUAGUUCCCCUGUAGUAGCCCCAACCCCCGCCACCCAGCCAGCCCCCCAGAGAGCACCUCAAGAUCCAGCCCCCUCAGCCAGAACUGUUGUGAUGCCAGCAAAGGAGACUAAUGGACAUGCUUACAUAAAUAUUACUGAAGACGUGAGGGUGCCUCCCCCUCAUCUUCCUUUAAUCAGAUCUAACUUUAGGGUGCUGAUUAGCAACACUGAGUCUAUAGAUGACUUCUAUGUUCAGAUCAGCGCUAAUUCUCAACUUCUCACAGAGUUUUCUAAGCAAUUAAAUGAUAUUUAUGAAGCCAGUGUUCCCCCUAAAGUGCUAUCAAAACCAGAGGUUGGGACUUACUGUGCAGUAUGCUUUGAAUACGAGGGUGAGCCUGGUUGGUACAGGGCGAAGAUCACAGAUUGCACAUCGGGAAUAGAGGGCAACAGAGAAUACACUGUGCUUUAUAUAGACUUUGGUAAUUCUGAAAAGAUAAAGGCAAACAGACCUAGGAGGCUUCUCCCCAAGUUGGCUGAGGUCCCAGCACAAGCAAUUAAAUGUACACUUGAUGGGGUAUUCCCAAAGGGGGGGGAUAAAUGGUCUGAUGAGGCAAUAGAUGAAUUUACAAAGGCAACUGUUGAGCAGGAGCUGAUCAUUGAAAUUAUAGACAUUGAGGAUGGCGUGUGUGUAGUUGAGAUGUAUUUACCAGACUCCGAUACAUACAUCAGUGAUUUACUUCAUGAAAAAGGUUAUGCUGUCAGAACUAAAGAGGUCACUUUACAAGAACCAGCUCCACUAAAGCUCCCUGAAGACAACAUGUGGGACGUCUAUGUCACCUAUAUAUCCAAUCCCACCAGUAUUAUGAUCAGACUCAUUGGAGAAGAAUAUUCAGACAAACUGAGCACUCUUGAGGAAGAGAUGGAUGCAUACUAUGCCAAGAACCCCCAUGAGAAACUCACGAAUCCACCAGAAGUUGGCAAUGUAUACACAUUCUUUGAUGAGGACAGCUUAUACAGAGUACGGGUCCUCAAGAGCCCAACUGAUGAGGGGGUACAGUGUUUUUUCUUAGACCAUGGUGACACAGACUAUGUUGAACUGAAAGAAUUCUAUCACAUGAAACCAGAAUUCCUCAAGCUGCCAUAUCAGGCGAAAGAGUGCAGUCUUUGUGGCCUAAAUCAACUUACCAACAAUGAGAAAGUCUUAGACAAACUAAUCAGUAUGGCCCUUGCUAAAUGCUGCAUUGCUGAAGUGGUGGAACGGGGUGAGCGUAUUUCUGUGAAGCUCUUUGAUACAUCAGGAGAAGAAGAUAUAUACAUCAAUGAUGCAGUCACUGUUGAUGUUCUUGAUACAGACCUCGCACCACAAAUACCAGAGGUUGGUGGUGUUAUUGAAGGCUAUGUUAGCUACAUGACAGAGAAUGGUCUCUUAUAUUUCCAAAUUAUCGGGCCUGGCUUAGACCGUUUGGAGGAACUGAUGGUGAAGAUCACAGACCAUUAUUCAAAGCAUACAGCUGCCAGUGAGUUUGUGUCUAACCCACAAGUGAACCAGAUUUGCUGUGCCAAAUACAGCUUGGAUAACAACUGGUACAGAGCCAAGAUAACAGAACUACUGCCUGAUAGACAAGUUGCUGUUCACUUUGUUGACUAUGGUAACUCAGAUAUUGUCCCAUAUCACGCACUUAGAGAGAUGACUGAAGAAAAUGGCCACCUGAAGACGCUGCCUUUCCAGGCUGUUCCAUUCACUUUGCAUGGAUUGCCCCCCUCUGGUGGAGUGUGGUCAGAGGAAGCUAUAUGUAGGGUAGAAGGUCUCACCCCUAGUGAAGAUGUCCUAACAUUACAGGUUGUUGCUAGUGCAGAAGAGAAGACUCGACCUAUGUCAGCCAUGCUGUUUGUAAUUGAAGGAGAACAGAAGAUUUCACUCUUAGAGAUCCUCUCCAAUGAACCACAGCUAUUCAUGCCCCCUGUUCCUUCAGAUAACAAUCCAAUAGAUGAUAUAUCCAAUGAAAUGGCUCACAAUUUACACCUUGACACUGUUGACUCCCCAGUACUUACCCCUGAACCCCCUGGCCCAGAUGGUGAUGGAAUAAAGAACAAACAAAAACAGAAUCCUAGUCGAUAUAUUGCAAGUAUGCCUGGUUCUUGCGAUGACAAUGACAAUGUGACAAGUGAAAUUAUAGAACUGGACCAUAGUGCAACAAAUGAUACCAUUGAAGUUAUUAGUCUAAACUCAAGUGCAUCAGAUAAGGAUGAGUCUGUGAUAUUUAUUGAGGAGAGACCUCCAUCUAAUGAGGCUAGAACUGUGACUCCUACAUGUAUUAUAGAAAAAUCUCCACCUCUUGAUACUACGCCUGAUAAAGCUACAUGUAUGGGUGCCAAUAUAAUUAAAUUAUCCAUACCCAUGCGUAGCGGGGAGAUCCCUAUCAAAGGAAAAUCAGACAUAUCUGGGGAAAUCAAUAGUUUACCAGUACCACCUAAGCUGGUGCUGCCACCUCCUGGUGAAUACUGGGACUGCAAUGUUACUUAUGUUUGUGAUCCUUCAAAUUUUAUAUGCAUACCAUUUGAGAGCAUGUCUGACCUAACAGUGAUGAUGAAGGGUCUCAGUGAUUACUAUAGCAACCCAAGUGACCUCACAAUGGGGGAACUCCAAGUGGGUCAACUCUGUGCUGCGUUCUAUGAGAACCUCUGGUACAGGGCUACCAUACAUGCAGUCCUUGGCAAUAUGAAGCAGUCUACAUUGGUGUCUGUCUACUUUGUGGACUAUGGUGACUUUGGAGUUGUACCAAAGAAACACUUGAAACCCCUGGUGACUCAAUUCAGGCAGCUACCAUAUCAAGCAACAAGAGUACAGUUGCAAGGAAUUAAGCCAGUUACAGGAGACACAUGGACUGAGGAGUCCAAGAUGAGAUUUCAAGAUAUCGUUAUGGAAAAGGACUUUGUUGCGUUAAUCAAAAAGUUUCCAUCCGAUGAACCAGAAGACAAUAAAGUUCCUAAAGUCUCCGUCCAACUUAUCGACACGAGUGGAGACUCUGAUAUCAUCAUACACAAUAUUUUAGUUGAGGAAGGAUAUGCUGUGCUAUCAUAGUGAAGGAAACAGAAAGUCUUAACUCUAGUCUCAAAACUGAGACAAUAUGUU